UAUAUCUUGAGAGCAUACACGAAGAAAACUAAGAGAUUGAUCAAGUUGUGGAAAUAAUACGUAAUCUACUCUGAGAAUGGAGUCAAUAGAGUCCCUUGUUAGCCAAGUGAAAAAUGAGAUAUUAUGUGAGCUGUCUAACAAUGGCGGCGAUGCAUUUGUCUCCCCCUCAGCCUACGACACUGCUUGGCUUGCCAUCAUUCCCCACCAAAACAAUCACAAAAUCCCCAUGUUCUCCACCUGUCUCGACUGGAUUCUCCAAAACCAGAAACAAGGCGGCUUUUGGGGAGAAACCAAUGAAGAAGGUUUGCCCACCAUUGAUGCUCUCCCCGCAACCCUGGCUUGCUUGAUCGCUCUCAAUACCUGGAAUGCCGCCGCCGCCCAUCAACAUAUACAAUCAGGGCUGAGGUUUAUUGAGUCCAAGGCGGAGAUACUUUUGAAGAUAAACUAUCAGAAUUUACCGCGUUGGUUUGUGCUAACUUUUCCGGCGAUGAUUGAGAUGGCGGAGGCGCAAGGCCUUCAUCUUGUCUUCCCUCACGGAUUAGUCACACUCAUUGCUCGCAUUUUCGUCACCCGCCAACGCAUUCUUGAGACAGAAGAGAUGGUUGAAGGUGAGUUUCCACCACUUAUUUCAUACUUGGAGACUCUGCCAUCCACCUAUCCGCAAGAAACCAUCAAGCGCUACCUGAACGACGACGGGUCGCUGUUUCAAUCGCCGUCCGCCACAGCUCAAGCAUUUAUGUCCACCCAAAAUCCCCACUCUCUCAAAUAUCUGCAAUCACUCCUUCACAAAUUCCCCAAUGGAGGAGUACCUGCAAUGUAUCCUGUGGACGAAGAGUUAAUAAAACUGUGCGUGGUGGACCACUUGCAAGGACUUGGUCUAGCUGCCCAUUUCAAUCAAGAAAUUGAGCGAUUACUCACUCAACUAUAUAGAAGUCAGAAGAAUAAAAAUUCAAUAAAUCCGAAGAGCAUGAGCAUGAGCAUGCCCUUCAAAUUGUUCAAAGACGCAAUGGCUUUCCGGCUUCUCCGGAUGCACGGACACGACGUUAAUCCAGAAAGCUUGUGUUGGUUUCUGGAUGAACCAGAAACAAUGGCGUAUAUGGAACAAAACUGCCAACAAUUCAUCACCGCAAUGUACAGUGUUUACAGAGCCACAGAUUUGUCAUUUCCGGGAGAGCACCAAUUAGAGGAAGCAAGAAUAUUUGCCACUAAAUUGCUCCAAAAUUCCAAGACCUGCAGGCAUAAAGAUCUUAACUUGUUGAUAUCAAAAGGCCUUCAAAAUAUGAUCAAGCAUGAGCUGAAUGUUCCAUGGACUGCUCGUCUCGAUCGUCUUUAUCAUAGGAAGUGGAUUGAAGAAUUUAAAAGCAGCCCUUUAUGGAUUGGGAAGGCCUCUUUCUACAGGUUGUCCUGCCUUGAGAACACCAAGUUGAUGCAAGUGGCGGUUGAAUAUUUCGAAUAUAUGCAGUCAAUAUACAUGCGUGAAUUAGAGGAACUUAAAGGGUGGUCCAAGAAAUGGAGACUUAGUGAGAUGGGAUUUGGAAGAGAGAAGACAGUUUAUACGUAUUUUGCAGUUGCUUCUUGCUCUCUGUUUCCUCACGAUUCAAUCAUGAGGUUGAUUAUUGCAAAAGCCGCCAUAAUUGUGACUGUUGCGGAUGACUUUUAUGACAUGGAAGGUUCCUUGCCUGACUUGGAAAUUUUGACUCGUGCAGUUCAAAGAUGGGACGGUGAAGGAUUAGAGGGUCAUAGUAAGACCAUCUUCGAGGCGCUUGAUGAGUUUGUGAAGGACAUGGUAGCAAAAUGCCAUCCUCAACAAGGAACCAAAGUAGUUCCCAAGUUGCAACAUCUUUGGCGUGAAUGCUUCAUGUCGUGGAUGGUGGAGAGAAGAUGGAGCCUAACAGGGUAUAGACCGGCGAUGGACGAAUACAUGCAAACCGGAAUGGCCUCCAUUGCAGCUCACACAAUUGUUCUUCCGGCCACCCAUUUCUUGAACCCAAAUCCUACUACUUUCCAAUACCAAAACAUCACCAAAUUGCUCAUGGCCAUCGCCCGUUUAACAAACGACAUUCAGUCUUACCAAAAAGAAGUAGUGGAUGGGAAAAUGAAUAUGGUGGUGCUCCACUGGCAUGAAAAUCCAAAGGGCAGCAUCGAAGAUUCUGUGGCCCAUGUGAGGGAGAUCCUGGAGCUCAAAAGGAAAGAAUUCUUGCAACAUGUAUUCAGUGAUGAGGAAAUGAUGAGUAAAUCGUGCAAGCAAACCCAUCUCGCUUGCAUGAAGGCGUUUCAGAUGUUCUUCAACUCGGCCAACCACUUUGACAGCGAAACUGCACUUAUUCAAGACAUAAACAAAUCCAUCUAUCUUCCUAUUCAUCAUCGCACCAACCUCAAUAUUCCCUCACUUAACAAUAGCCAUAAAUCCAAGGUUUCAGCUCGCAUUCAACCCUUCUUCAAACCACCACACACCAUCAAUUAUAUCAAAACUUUCUCACCUAAACUGCAACUUCCCAUGAGAUUUAAUCUGCGUUUUAUUGGAUGCCCACUCCAAUAAUAUUCUUAUAUAUAUAUGUAACCAAGAGUUGGCUAGCUAGCUCAUAGUUAAUGCUUCUUGUAUUUUGUUUGUACGUUUUUAUUGUUACUAUAUAUAUAUAGGAGUAGAAAGAAUGUACGAGUUAUUGAUAGUUGGCCCUGAGCUUCGUAGAUUGGGGAGUGGGUGAGCUGGAAUUUUUUCAGUUUUCUAGUGCGCUAGGUUUGGUUCCGAUUCUCGAGUUGGUUGUUUUAUCAUCUGCUCGUUCUUUUCUUCGGUGUGUGUUCCUAGUUUGGUUUUCUCUUUUCUGGUUGUAAUAGAGAGGUACUCUUUUUCUUUUACCGGUGUUUCUCCCAUUGGAUUUUUGCCGGAAAGAUUUUGAUGAGCCUCAGACUUAGUUAGCGUUUUUGUGCUUUCUUUUCCUUUUCUUCAAUAAAAUGUUAAUUCAGCAGAUAAGUGGCCUAUUUGAAAUAUAUUACUUUUUCUAGCA